AUGACUAUACUUCGUGUAGUGGCUCGUCCCAGCGUGCGGUACGCGAGCACGCUCGCUGCAGCCCGUCAGCGAUGGAACGGGCGUCUCGUAGUGACUCCCGAGGUCGAGCACGCCCUUGAGACUGGCGCGCCCGUCGUGGCGCUCGAGACGGCGAUUCUGACUCACGGCAUGCCCUUCCCCACGAACCUUACGACCGCGCAGUCCGUCGAAUCGAUCGUGCGCGCCCACGGCGCCGUGCCUGCAACCAUCGCGCUACUCGACGGACGCGUGCGCGUAGGCCUCUCCGAUGUGGAACUCACGGCUCUCGCGGAUCCCGCGACACCUCGCGCCGAGCCAGCCGUCAAGGUCAGCCGGCGUGACCUAGCUCCAGCGCUGGCCUUCAACCGCGCGGGAGGAUCCACCGUGGCGGGCACGAUGGUGAUCGCGUCCAGCGCCGGCAUCGACGCCUUCGUGACCGGCGGCAUUGGGGGCGUACACCGCGGCGCCGAGAGUAGCAUGGACGUCUCGGCCGACCUCAUCGAACUCGGGCGUACGCCCAUGAUGGUCGUAUGUGCCGGCGCCAAGAGCAUCCUCGAUAUUCCCCGCACGCUGGAAGUCCUCGAGACGCAGGGUGUCUGUGUUGUGACUUACGGUGAGAAGGACGACUUUCCCGCCUUUUAUUCCCCUAGCUCAGGAUGCGUCAGUCCCUGGCGCGUUGGGAACGUCAGCGACGCCGCUAGCCUCGUGUAUACCGGCCUCACCCUCCCAUCGCCGCAGGGCACGUUGCUUGCUGUUCCCAUUCCAGCCGAGUAUGGCGCUCGCGGCGCGCAAGUCCAGCUUGCUGUUGAGCAGGCGGUUCGCGAGAGCGUCGAGCAAGGUAUCGACAAGAAGGGCAAGGAAGUCACCCCGUGGCUCCUUAAGCGCGUUGGCGAGCUCACGAAGGGUACAGCCCUCGAACUCAACAUCAAGCUGAUUGAGAACAACGCGGCUGUCGGAGCAGAGGUCGCGGCCCAAGUCGCGCGCAUGAGGAGGGAUGCAUCCGGUGCCGUGUACAUGCCCGUCAUACCUCCUCCGCCCACUACUGAGCCGCCAGCAAUGACGAGCCCAACUGAGCCCUCUGACCUCCCAUCUCCACGCGCUCUCGUCUUCGGCGCAGCCGCGGUCGACAUUACGUCGGCGACUACCCGCCUCGUACCGCAUACCACUGCGCCAGGAAGUAUAAGUAUUAGUGCGGGCGGUGUUGGGCGGAACAUUGCACAUGCGGCGCAAAACCUCUCCCCUCCAGGAGAGAUCAUGCUCGUCUCGCCACUGGGGAUGCAUUCGGCUCACAUUGACCCGCUGGGCCAGCUCCUCUCUCUCGCUCUUCAGGAUGCCGGACUGAGGACUGACGGCCUCGUUCCGACACCCGGUAGGACGGCUGCGUGCUCGCUCGUCCUCGAAAACGGGGACCUCGCGAGCGGCGUGGCGGACUUUACCAUUGCCGAAGAACUCGGCGCCGAGGCGAUCGAGGCGGCGCUAGUACACAACCCUAAGCUCGUGGCAUUCGACUGCAACCUCUCCUCCUCUGCGAUCGCUGCCCUACUCGCCGCAACCUCAGCACGCGGUAUUCCGACAUUAUGCGACCCAACCUCGGUCCCAAAGCUCGCCCGCUUGAUCCCAGCUCUAAUGGACAAGCCCAGGGCAUUGACGCACAUAGCACCAAAUGUGCUCGAACUCGACAGCCUCCACGCGUCCCUGAUGGGCCUGGAUGACGAUGCGGCCUGGACGUUUGUAAACAACCUCAACCUCGGCGCCGAGUGGCGCGGCGCAGUUGAGGCUUUUGCUCGUCGCUCCGGCGCGUGGAUUGCCGAUGAAGGGGUGGCGGCACGCAUGGUCCAGUGUCUCCCGUGGGUUGGGGGGUUCUGGCUCAAGGCCGGGAAUAGGGGUAUGCUUCGUCUGAGCCUGAGCCAGAGCCUGGAGGGGAAGAGGGACGGGUCUGGAGAGGCGAGCAUCUCGCACCACACACCUGACGGCCGCACCCUCACCCUCACCCAUUACCCCCCGCCUGUAAUGGAGGGCGAGGUCGUCAACACCACUGGGGCUGGAGAUACGUUGGUUGGCGGGAUUGUUGCUGGCUUGAUCGCGGGAACGGACGAGGCCGACUUUGUGGCGGUCGCGCUGGAACGCGUGGGACGCACCCUGCGCUCACAUCUCGCUGUGGCGUAG